UCUAUCUUAUGCAGCGUUAUGGGUCACAUUGCCACUCGUUGAAAUAUAUUUUUAGGAAUAUCUUAUUUAAUGUUUGAAAUCACAGCAUGCCUGCCAAAUGAUGAGCAUGUAAAGAACAUCAACAAAAGAGAUAGAUCGAUAGAUAUCAUCUGAAAUAAGUUAACGCCUUUUGUCAUUUUGUACAUUCAUGCUAUUGUGGACAUGAUAGCAACAGAGUUUAUCAGGAUAUACAUACCUUUUACUGUAAACCGGUGUUCUCUAAUGAGGUAGCUAUAUAUAGGGGGUCAGCGAAGCAACAUGAAUUAGAGUCUAAUGCAAAAUGAACAGUAACUUCGUCACAACAUGUAUGUACCAGCUGAGGAAUUACUAAUGACAAAAGGAUUCCAGCUUAUCAGAGAUAUUUGAACAAUAACUAUUUGGGGGAUCUCAAUCUUGCUUGAAUCAAGAUGUGUCUGGAAGCCUCUAAAUUCCUGUUUGUAAUUUUUGUUGUGCUUCAUUUUUGGAUAAGUGUUACUGCAAAACCGCAACAGUCAACAGACCUGCCUCUUCUCAUUUUAAUUUCUAUGGACGGUUUCAGGCAUGACUAUCUCGAUCAAACAGCAUUAAAUAAAUCAGAUAUUUCGAAUUUUCAGCAUUUCAUUGAUCAUGGAGUGAAAACAAGCCAUAUUAGAAACAUAUUUCCUUCUAACACAUUUCCAAAUCACAUGACUAUUUUGACAGGUCAAUAUGCAGAAGAGCACGGUGUUGUGGACAACGUUUUCUUUGACCCAUAUCUGAAUGAUACAUUCAAUAUGUAUAAUUUCUAUCAAAAUUUUCAAUCCAAAUGGUUUGACAAUGGAGCAGAACCUAUAUGGGUAACAAAUCAAAAAGGAGGAAGGGGACGAAACAGCGGGUCUAUUCUCUGGCCUGGAGGAGUAGCACCUGUGAAAUGCAUUGAACCAAGGAUCAUUCCUCGUGCAACACUAUUCAAUUUAUCCGAUACAAUUUCGCUUCAAUAUAGAAUUGAUGUUCUUAUUGAUUGGUUCACCGACACGAAUUUCAAUGCUAUAAAUUUUGGAAUGUUAUAUUUUGAGGAACCAGACCUUUCAGGACAUAAAUAUGGACCACUGUCUAAAGAAGUUCGAGAGCAAAUCAAACUUCUGGAUCAAGCACUUGGUUAUCUGAGAGAAAAAUUAAACAAGACUGGCCUGUCUGAGAAAAUGAAUAUAAUCCUGACUUCAGAUCAUGGGAUGAACCAAUUUGAGGACCGUGUUGUGGAUUUGGAUACGAUACUUGAUCGCAGUUGGUACACAACCCAUUCUCAAUACAAAAGCAGUAUUGAUUUGAUGGUAUUGCCCCGUAAAGGUCAUGAAACGCAUGUUUCUGCUGCCUUAUUUGGAGAAGACGGCAAGGUGAAAGAUCACGAAGGAUUCUAUGCUUGGUGGAGAAAUGGCACAGAGAUGAAGAAUAGAUACUUCAGCAAAAACCGACGCAUCAUGGAAAUUAUUUUGGAGGCGAAAAAAGGAUGGGUUAUUGGAAAUAACGCAACAAAAGCCAACAAGGGAAAUCAUGGCUACAAUCCACAGACAGUGUCUGAUGUAUGGCCAUUUUUCAUUGCUGCUGGACCAGCAUUUCAGAAAGGUAUCACUGCACCUGCCUUUGAUAUGGUAGAUAUUUACCCUCUGAUGUGUCAUAUUCUUGGACUGACUCCAGCACAAAAUAGAGGAAAUCUUGACAAUGUCAAAGGUCUUCUUAAAAAUCCCCCGGUCUGGUACAAGACUCUGGAAACCACCGCUGUAACAUUCAUUGUGGUGGUGAUUCUAGCUGCGUUAGUUGGAGGAAUAUUUGGAAUUGCUGCUGUUUGCCAGAGCCGUAUUUCGAGGAGGAAACUGUUGUUUCAGAACCGGAGAAGACUAGACUUGUCACCAAUCCGAUCACUACCCGAGACCGACUCCAUGUUGAGAUCUGAUGGUGAUGAGGACUUCGAUGGAUUUUAGUGGAUCCAAACUGCAAUAGCACUUGAAAAUGCCUGGUUCUGGUUCAUUUUGUCACAAGUUGAAAAAACAAUUUUGCUGAGAGAGCAAUAUUAAAUUGGUGCGACGUACACAGUGAAAAUAUAUUUCAAAUUGUUCUCAAAUUAUGGUCAUUGAUGCUUUCCUCAGCCAAUAUAGUUGAGCACAGCUAUUUGUUACAUCCUUAUUUUUUCAGAUUUUGUUGUGAGAUGUUUUUAUUUUGUCAGUUGUUACAGCAUUUGCUUUGUGCACAAAAACGUAUAACUACGGUACGGAGGGAGACCUUCAUGGGCUUGUUGACUCCAAUCAAUCAAUCGUUAAU